AUGUUUUCAUCGGCAAUACUAGCAAGAGGGUUUGUUGGCUUCAAUCCUACAAUCAUUGAUGUCAAUGCCAAAGGCUUCUAUCCUACAAUCAGUGAUGUCACCGUCGAAGGCUUCAAUCCUACAAUCAGUGAUGUCACCGUCGAAGGCUUCAAUCCUACAAUCAGUGAUGUCACCGUCGAAGGCUUCAAUCCUACAAUCAUUGAUGUCACCGUCGAAGGCUUCAAUCCUACAAUCAUUGAUGUCACCGUCAAAUACUUCAAUCCUGCAAUCAUUGAUGUCACCGUUGAAGGCUUCAAUCCUACAAUCAUUGAUGUCAAUGUCAAAGGCUUCAAUUCUGCAAUCAUUGAUGUCACCGUUGAAGGCUUCAAUCCUACAAUCAUUGAUGUCAAUGUCAAAGGCUUCAAUUCUACAAUCAGUGAUGUCACCGUCGAAGGCUUCAAUCCUUCAAUCAUUGAUGUCAAUGUCAAAGGCUUCAAUCCUUCAAUCAUUGAUGUCACCGUCGAAUGUUUCAAUCCUACAAUCAUUGAUGUCACCAUCGAAUGCUUCAAUCCUACAAUCAUUGAUGUCACCGUCGAAGGCUUCAAUCACAGUCCUUGA